UAUGUUGUCUUGUGUCGUGUUUUGCUUUCAUUCGUUCUUGAAAUCACGGAUUAAUCGAGGUAAAUUAAUUUAAAAGAUACAUUAUUUACCAUUCUACAUGAAGUAUUACAAAUUUAGGCACUCUGAUCGGCCUUGUGUAAAAAUUGUAAACAAAUAUGCUGAUUAGUUUAAAACAGAAUUCCACUUUGCUUGGUAGAAUUCAUUUCACUUUACAUUCCUCCUAUAGCUAUUCUGUCCAAACCUAGAGAAUACUUACUAAAUGCAUGCGAAUUGUAAAUAUUAUAAAGAUAUCGAACAUGCUAAUCUUCGAGGUUUCAGAGAGUGCGGAUUUUCUGUCGACGAGCACAGUUUUCUUUAGUUCGAGCUUCACGGUUUUCAGUAGAUUAGAGAACACCGCAGGAAAUGGUAUGUAUGAAAUUUCCACCCGAGAAUUAACCACUGGUUCCUAAUUGUGCAUUUCUGUAUUGCUAUAUAUCAAAGAGAAUACUAUUAAACAAGUUCAAAAAUGUUGAAACGCGAUCUUUUCUCCUGAAUACGCAUUCUGCAAUCUUUUGACAGCUGAUCGUACACAUCUGACGGCUGUGAAAUAGACAUUUGAGGCUUAAGUAUAUAUAGAGGUUUAUUAAUUCAGACGAUUCGUUUUUACCGUGUGCAAGCUUCAAAUCUUUAGUAUAAGUUAUAUUUUGUUAAGCAUUUAUAAAUUUUUUUGCUCCGACUAAGAAUUACCAAUUUCCGCAGUGUCGGAUUAGAGUCCUGGUUUUGAAAGCCCCGUUACACUACAGUCAAUUUAUUGGCACGGAACGGCUUAAAUUAUCACCCUUGCUUUCUCACUUUAGUCUUUAUCGUAAUGUCUCAUAUAUUCAACUGCCCUAUAUCUCACAUUUCUCCACUGAAGUCAAUAAUUAUUCGUAUAGACAGUUUAACGGGUACCCGUUUUAGCCAUGCGUUCGAAUAAAUUGACUGUAGUAUGAGAGCAGUGCGUGAAACGAAAAGCUUUUAAUUUUUUAUGCGAAGACCGGUGGAAAACUAAGCCCUCUGAACUGAGAGAAAAUUUGCCGAAUAUGAUGCCCGGCAAAAUGGGUGCCCGUCUCUGUUUUGGUAGGCUGAGCACUAAUUAAAUUGGGCACGGGUAGCCAUUUUAGCCAUGCCGUGUUACACUACACCCAAUUUAUUGGCACGGCACGGCUAAAAUAGUUACCCGUGCCCAAUUGUAUUGGUGCUCAGGCUACCAAAACAAAGGCCAAGCACAGAUGAAAUGGGCACGAUUACCUAGUGUAAACGGGGCUUUAAGUAAGCCAGAUUUUUGCACAUGUUCCUGCCGGCUUUUUUUCUGGCUGCGGCUUGUUCUUCCAAAUAUUUCUAUCACACAGCGUGUUUUCCAUUUUGCGAUUUGAUAUUCAACUCAUUUUGCUCGAAAGUGCGAAUUAUAGAAACACAGCGAGGGGAGACGUCAUGCAGACAAUCAAUCACAAAUAUCGCUUUUACGUCAAUACAAACCAUGAGGUGCAAGCAUAAAAACCUUAACAGCAUAUGAACGGAUGAAUCACUGCAUGAAAAUCGGUUUUCGUAAGGAUUUCCAAUUCCAACAGUUCGCUAGCGAAAUAUAUUUACAUAUAUUUUUUUGAAUAAUUACGGAAAGAAAUUCGUUCACCCUGAGAGUAUCGUUUCAAAUUAAAAAUGCAAAUAUUUUGCGAGCCAAUCAUUUCACCGCCGGUGGUUUGAGGGGAAACCCGGCCUAGCUGCUUCCAAGAAAGGAAGUGCAAAUCGAAAGUUGAAUUUUGCUUAUAUGUUUAAUAUAAAGGCUUAGCAACGGGCGACGGAAGAAUAAGAUAAAAGCAGCUACAAUGAACCAACUUAAUUUUUAAAAAGAUAACAUGGCAUAUUUCCUUGUACGUAUACUGUAUACAUAUAAUUACUAUUGUUAAACCGUAUGGAAUGCAACAUAAUACGUUUCACUUCCAAGAAAUGCGACAGGAAAUAAGAUUUAAAAGUUCAAGUUUGUAAACUCAAAUUAAGUUUGCCUCGUCAUGGGCGACGGAGAAUCCCACCAGUGCUGUAGUCAGGCAUUCUCCGAAUCAAACGACGAAUUUAUGAGCGGGAAACGAUGGCAGGAAUGUCGUGAACAAGUUUGCUUCGAUUAUGUUGUGAUUGGAUCAUCGUUUUGUGCGUGGGCCUUUACUCAUCGCAUCUUGUCGAACAACCCAGAAGCGAAAGUUCUUAUUCUCGAAUGCGGCGAAUAUCGUCGGGAGCACUUCGAAGACCAUGAACCCUCCGAAAAAAGGGAAUUGACAUAUUCCACAAAGACAUUUCCGUGGAAUAUUACGAGGAAAAUGCAGGAUGAAGAAUACAUCAAAGAUCUGGACGGGGUGAACAUUUUCUUUGGAGGGCAGUCGGCUUUUUGGCGCGGUUGGUGUCCCCAACCGACUAGAGAAGAUCUGGAUGGUUGGCCGGACAGUGUUAAAAAUGUUGUCGAAAAAUACUUUCCAGAAGCAGUUGAGCUUCUAAAUGUCAAGUCUGCAAAUACGAUUGGCAUGAAUGAGCACGUCAACGACAAUCGUGUUUUUGGCAAACUUCAAAACGUUCUUGUUGAAAGAAUUCAAUCGUGCCUACCAGAAGUUAGUCACGCCAUGCUUGCUAUUAGCCCGGAUAAAUCCAGAUGUGAACGCAUCCAAAAGACCACAGUUGCUGAUCCUUUGCUUGAACUGUUACGGAAAAAGAAAUUGGAAAUAAAAAUUAAUUGUGAGGUGAAGAAGAUAGUGCAUGAAAAUUGCAAUGCUGUAUCUCUUGAAACAAGCGAAGGAAACGUCAAGCUUGGAAACGCCAAACUCAUUCUGGCAAUGGGCGUACUUCCAGCAACUACUCUCAUGCUAAAUUCCUUUCCUCCGUCUUCUUUCAAGCCACUCUCUGGUAUUGGCAGCCGAUUCACGGCCCAUUUUAGGAGUUCUAUUCUCGCACGUGUUCCAUUUUGUAAGGAUUCGCGUCCCUGGAGCGUGUUUCACAAUCUUAAAGACGAAAUCGUGGGACGAUUCGAGGUAGCAGCCAUGCAUCCCGGGAACGAACCGAAUCAAGAGGGUCACUUUCCAUAA